AUGGACGACAAAGGCGGCGACAAUGGCUAUGGGGCUUGGGGGAGGGUUCCCGUAUGGGACGGCUCCCCUUUGACCUGGAGGUCCUUCAAACGAGAGAUGCAGUGGUGGCUCUCCAGCUUGGAUGCUGAGUCAACCAAGAAGUACAACUUAGCAGCUCGAUGGCUUCUUCGCCAAAGCGGCACCGUGCGCCAACGUGGCGAGGAAUUCAGUCCUGAUGAAUUGCAGUACCAGAAGGGCGAGUCCUACAUCGAUCCCGAGACGGGCGAAGCGGUGGAGAUCACGGCCGAGGACCCCUUUGCCGGCAUCCACCGCUUGAUGGACGCGCUUGAGCAGAUGAAUGGCCAGUCCACCCUCGACAAGAGAGGCGAAUUGCGAGCGCAAUUCUACUUGCACAUGUGCCGCAAAGCUGGCGAGCGUGUCGCCGACUACUCCUCGCGCUUCCGAACAAGCAUUGCUGACUUGCGGGCUGAGGGGGUUAAGCUUCCGGAUGCUGAGCUUGGCUGGUUCUAUAAGGAGAAGCUUGGGCUGGAUCCCCUCCGAAAGCAGUUGUUGGAGACCGCUUUGGGCGGAUCUGAGGCCUAUGCCACCAUCGAGUCGGAGGCUCUGCGUCUUUUCCGUGACCUUCAUUCGCAGGACCCGCUGUUCAGGAGACUCGACCGGCCCACGAAUAAGUUAACCAUCCGGAGGAUGUUCCCUGCGCCCUCGUCCUCUUCGGCUCCCUCCUCCUCCUCGACGACCAGCGGUGCCCCUUCGACCCGACGAUCGUCGAUUUCCUCUAUGGCGUCUUCGGCGGGACAGCUUGCCAGGCGGCAGCAGACUCGUCAAGUGCACGUUUCCGAGGCGGCCGUCGAGGACGUGGUUGACGACUCCUUUGAGGCCCUUGCCGAGGACCCCGUUGUCGACGACGCCGAGCUCGACGGCGAGGACCGGACCCUCGAGGAGGUGCUGCAGACCGAGGUGGAGCAGCUCGCCGAGGAGAUCGCCGAGGCUGAAGCUGAGGGCGUUACCCUUGUCAUGGAGAAUGGAAUCGAGGCGAGUGCUGAAGCUUUGGUGUCGAUGAGGGAAGCCCGCGUGAAGCUGGCCGAGGUCAGGAAAGACCGUGGCUUCAAGGGGCCGGGCCGUGGCCGUGGAUCGGCCAGCAUCCAGGCCAAGAAGAAGGAUGGCAAGCAUCACGAGGUGGUCCAGACUGAGGCCGGCGAUGUUGUGCCGAGGGACGUGCUGAUGAUUAGCGCCGAGCCGGGCCGAGCUUUGCAGCAGGCUUUUGAGAUGUCGGUUGCCAGGGCCGAGGUGAAUGUUGCUGCUGCCCCUGGCCCGCUUGCUGCCGAUAAGGCUGUGGUUGGAGCUCUGGACAGCGCGUGCAAUCGCACCUGCGCCGGCGAAGCCUGGAUUGAGGAGUACAUUUCGUUGCUUCGGGAUGCCCCGGCCGAG